AUGAAUUUUGAAGAUCAAAAAAUUGACAAACAAAUAGUUAAAAUAUUAAAAGAUAAUAAUAUCAUUUAUAUGACACCUAUACAACAUAAAACAGUACCUUUAAUAUUAAAUGGCCAUGAUAUUUUAGGAAUUUCUAGUACCGGUACCGGUAAAACAUUUUCGUUUUUAGUACCUAUUUUACACAAUUUAUUAAAUACAAAUAAAUCUUUUUACUGCUUAAUAAUUACUCCUACACGAGAAUUGGCACUACAAAUUGAUAAAACUGUUAAGUUAUUUAAAUCACUGGGUGUUAAAAGCCUAGCACUUAUUGGCGGGGAAAAAAUUGAAGAUCAACUUAAUCAACUAAAAACGCAUCCGCACAUUGUCAUUGGUACGCCAGGCCGAUUACAUAAAAUUGGUAAAAAUUUAAAAAUUAAUAGAUUUCGAGUACUUGUAUUGGAUGAAGCAGAUAAAUAUUUUGAAGAUGAUUUUAUUGAAGAAAUGGCUUUUAUAUUAGAAAAUUUAAGAAAAAAAAGACAGACAUUAUUGUUUACAGCUACAAUUACAAAUAAUUUAAAACAGAAGAGUUUGGAAAUUCUUAAGAAUUUUAAAGAAAUUGAUUUAUCAACUAAUGUUAAAGUUGAGAAACUAGACGAAUUUUAUUUUUUUGUAGCAAGAAAGUAUAAAGAAUGUUUUUUGUAUUCACUGCUCAAAAACAAGCAAGAUCUAAAAAUAAUAAUUUUUGUAAAUAUGAAAAUUACAACUUUGAUACUUUCAUCAUUAAUGAAGUCUUUUGGUAUUGAUGUAGAGACGCUUAACGGUGAUCAAGACCAGCAAGCACGUAUAGAGAUUAUAGAUGGAUUUAUAAAAAAUAAAUAUAAUGUACUAAUUACUACAGAUGUGGGAAGUAGAGGACUUGAUGUAUGCGAUGUAGAUUUCGUUAUAAAUUACGAUUUACCGCAGAAUAAUAAAGAUUAUGUGCACCGAGUAGGACGAACAGCUCGUGCGGGAAAGAAAGGCGUGGCGCUAACUUUAGUUACCCAGUAUGAUGUAUCAAUUUUUCAAAAAAUCGAAUAUUUCCUAAAUAGGAAACUUAAUUUAUUUACUUUUAAUGAAAAUUAUCAUCAAUUUGAAGAAAUUAUUGAUACAAAAUUGCUUAAAGUUAAGGAAGAAGUUAAAUUAAAUAAAACUGAGAAAAAAAAAUUUAGACCAAAAAAGUAUAAAAAAAAUUAA